UGUUUACCACUUCCGGCUUUGAAUUUUUUUGUUGCUUUAGACUAAUCACUUUUUUAUUACUAAUCUUUUUUGGGCUCAUGGGCAUGAACAAUUGCCUAAAAUAAUUCUUAAGAAGGAACCACAAAACUAAGCAAAGGAGGCACAUUUGAUUUUCGGUCCCUCAGCUCUCAAGUUUCUCCAAUCUCUCGUCUCCAAAUCUCCACUCUUUACCAUUUCUCGGGCACCUCCCCAUCUAGGUUUCCGUCUGCUCCGUUGCAUUCACCUCCUCGUCUUCUUCCUCACUCCAAAACCUUUAUUGCAUCAAAUUUAUCACCGUUGAAUAUUGGGAAGUUGACGUGCUCAUCCAAGUACGGUUAAAUUUUUUUCUUCUUUCUUUUUUCUAUUGGUGGGCUUCUGAUUGUUGUUCACCAACUACUGAUACCUAAGCCUCCGAUCCAUGUAACGAUGAAAGCUCAAUAGUCAUCGGCCCCUCCUUGAAAUCUGGAGCGGCAGCCAGCUUUGUCCUAGUUUAGAUCUCUCAAACCUAGCUGUAUUUGUUUUAUCAUGGGUCUCUGCCAUGGAAAACCAAUCCAGGAAUCAGAAACCCUAGUUGAAGACCUUCCGGCUCCUAAUUCUCCUCCAAUCUCAACUAAUGAAGAACCUCCUCCUAUUCCUGCAACUUCGAAGCCGCUCAAUGUACCAUUUUACAGCCCUAGCCCCCGAAAAGCUUCCUACAAGAACUCGCCGGCUAAUUCGAGCGUAAGCUCGACGCCCUUGCGGUUCUUUAAGCGACCGUUUCCUCCUCCAUCGCCGGCGAAGCACAUUAAGGCGCUGCUCGCUCGCCGUCAUGGGUCAGUGAAGCCUAACGCAGCCUCGAUUCCGGAGGGGGAUGAGGUUGAAUUGGGUCUCGAUAAGAAUUUUGGAUACUCGAAGCAGUUCUUCUCUAAGUAUGAGCUUGGAGAAGAGGUUGGAAGGGGGCAUUUUGGGUAUACUAGUUCGGCCAAGGUGAAGAAGGGAGAGAUGAAGGGUGAGGAGGUGGCUGUUAAGGUUAUUCCAAAGGCAAAGAUGACAACAGCUAUUUCUAUUGAAGAUGUGAGAAGAGAAGUUAGAAUCUUGAGCUCUCUGACCAGUCACAAGAAUCUAGUGCAAUUCUAUGAUGCAUUUGAGGACGACGAUAAUGUUUACAUAGUGAUGGAGCUGUGCAGAGGUGGUGAAUUGUUAGAUAGAAUACUCUCGAGAGGAGGCAAAUACUCGGAACAAGAUGCUAAGGCCGUCUUGAUCCAAAUUUUAAGUGUUGCUGCUUUUUGUCAUUUGCAAGGUGUCGCCCAUCGAGAUCUCAAGCCCGAGAAUUUUCUUUUUACUUCUAAGGAUGAAAAUGCCAGCUUGAAGGUCAUCGAUUUUGGUUUGUCGGACUUUGUUAAGCCAGAUGAAAGGCUGAAUGAUAUUGUGGGUAGUGCAUAUUAUGUUGCCCCUGAGGUUCUCCAUCGAUCUUAUGGUACGGAGGCGGAUAUGUGGAGUAUCGGUGUUAUUGCAUAUAUUCUUCUUUGUGGAAGCCGCCCGUUCUGGUCUCGGACGGAAUCUGGUAUAUUUCGAGCCGUAUUGAAGUCAGAGCCGAGUUUUGACGAAGCUCCUUGGCCUUCUUUGUCUGAUGAUGCCAAGGAUUUCGUGAAGAGGUUGCUGAAUAAGAAUCAUAAUCGGCGAAUGACUGCUGUGCAGGCUCUUAGUCAUCCAUGGAUUCGAGAAUUCGAAGAAGUUAAACUCCCCUUGGAUCUUUUGAUCUAUAAGCUUGUGAAAGCUUAUAUUGGCUCUUCUUCUUUAAGGAAAUCUGCAUUGAGGGCUCUAUCCAAGACCUUGGUGGGGCCUCAACUCUCUUAUUUGCGAGAGCAGUUUGCUCUACUUGGUCCUAACAAGAGCGGCUAUAUCUCAUUGCAGAACUUUGAGACUGCCUUGUUGAAGAACUCAACCGAAGCCAUGAAGGAUUCGAGGGUGCUUGACUUUGUAAACAUGCUGAGUUCUCUUCAGUACAGAAAGCUAGACUUUGAGGAGUUUGCUGCUGCCGCGCUAAGCGUUCAUCAGCUGGAAGCAUUAGAUACCUGGGAGCAACAGGCUCGUAGUGCAUAUGAGCUCUUUGAAAAGGAUGGAAAUAAGCCUAUCAUAAUUGAAGAACUUGCAUCAGAGCUUGGCCUUGCACCAUCCGUUCCGGUUCAUGUUGUUCUCCAGGAUUGGAUUCGGCAUUCCGACGGAAAGCUCAGUUUUUUGGGAUUUGUCAGGCUUCUUCGUGGGGCAUCGACGCGAAUGGUGCCGAAGAUUGCUGAUUGAAUUAGGAAAUAAACUGUAUUCAAUCUUUAGUUGUUUAUGAUAAAGAUAAGGAGUUUAUUGUAAAAGAACCAGAAUGGUAGAGGUAUGCAUUGUUCAGCAUUCUUAUCUUA